CACAGAGAGUCUGCAGUUGCAAGCGAGGUGUUUGAUGCAUCGCGCAUGCAUUUGGCCUCCUCUUCUCUAGAGCCUUGUGCGACCAUCGGCCGGGCGAUGAAAUGAGUCUGGUCCACGAUUUCGACUCGAAAGCCGUGCUGUGAAUCGAUCUACCUUCCGAUCAGUCGGCGUGUCAAUGGCAGCUACAUGGCAGAAAAAGAUGCUGCGUCGGCUAUUCUCGUUUUCCAAAGCACGCGGUGUUUACCCCGUCGAGCGCUGCUUUUUUUGCCAGACGUCAUCUCUAGUAGUGCCGGCCAACAGCAAGCUCGUUGCUGGCAUUGGCUUGCAGCUCAAGUCCAAGUCUGACACCCCGCCCGCAGUCAGCGCCGGCACACCCGACGCGUGGUUCUGCUCGGCAUGCGAGUGCUGGAAUGGCGUUGAAGCGCUCGGAAACAUCGCACAUCAGAACGGCUCCUCUUCCAGUUCGUCAAAGCCUCGCAAAUUUGCCUUUGCUCCAGCGCAACUCGCGAAGGGGGCAGCUGCUUCUCCUCCCUCGUCACGAUCAUCAGACUCGGCGUCAGCAACGGCAAGUUCCUCGCCGUUCUGCCGCGCUUGCCACCGCAACCAGACACUCAUUCUACAUUUACUUUCCAACUACCUACCCGAGAACGCUAGCCAAGGGCCUCAAGACGAUGAAGAAGACGAGAAAGAUACCCGACUCAUGUCCCAACUACCAGCCUACCGUACCACGCUCGAGGCGCGCUAUCCGCCACUUUGCGAAGCGUGUGCGCAAGUGGCAGAGGACCGCAUAUUGGAGGCCGAUCAAGAUGCGCGUAAACGUUUGAUGAGCGGCUGGUUCGAGCGAAGCGGUGCGCGCAAGCGCUCGCUCCUAUCCACGAUGAGCGGGAAUGGCGUCGAGGCUAAGGGCAAGGGUACAUUGACGGGCCGCAACCCGAACAAAGCGGCGGAUACCAUUUUGCAUGGGAUCGAACGCACUGAGAGCGUAUGGAAAAUCAGAGGGGCUCUUUGGAUUCUGACUCAGGGAUGUUCCCUCUUACUUGCCUUGGCAUCUUUCUCGGAUCGAACGUCUACCCUUUCGAGGGAGGUGCGCAGGUGGAACGCCACAAUUUUUUGGUUUCAAAUCACUUCCAUCCUAUGGUCAGCUUGGGAUCCGACGUGGAGAACGGGGAUCGUCGAACGGCGACGGCCAGGCCGAACUCGUUCGGUCAGAGGGAGGGGCAUCUGGGCUCGCUCACAGAUCUUCUGCUAUCUACUGCGCUUGGUUCAGCUGCUUGUCCUAUCUGAGAAGAUGAUGGGCACAUCUCAGAACGCACUUGAUUUCAUCAUAGAGUUCAGAAAGCACUUGAAAACGUCGUCCAGGCUAGGCAAGCACUUGCUUGAAGAAGGUUACGAACGAGGUUUUGCUGGUCCCCUUUACAUCGGAGAGCAAACGGUCACCGCGAGAUGGAUGGCAGGCACAGCUGGUGGAUUAGAUGAUACUCUGAGCUCCUCCAGUGGGUUCGAAACUCGAUUCUCCUUGGGGAUUGUUGUGUUACAUUGUCUUAUCACCAUCGCCGCCUUCUGCAACCUGAGGAUCGAGCGUACCCCCGUCUUGAGUCUGGCUUCGCGGCGAUUAGGUACGGUGUCCAGCGCCGAAGCGGAUGCUGUCAGCAACGGAAGAGGCGAGGUAACUAAUCGCCUAGCUGCAGCCUCGAGCCCAGUGGUCAAAACAGCCAACAGCGGCUUCGCGCACUGGAGCGGCACGCGCAUGGCUCCGCAUCAGCCAGCAACGCCUGCGCAACCAGCCCCCGUCUUCGGUGAAUCGUCCCUCCCAGGAGCAGCAUCGGUCGUUCAGGAUUCAUGGGCGCAGUAUCCUUCGCCCCGUGUACCCGCAUCGGACAAUGGCGAAGCAGAGCCAGACGAGAUGGACUGGCAAGCAGAGCACCCCGGCCUCAUGUCUGGCGGUUCGAGGACUGUGGAUUUGCAGCACGCGCAUGCGCCAGCAACGCCACCGUCCUACAUCGCCCCUCAGCGUUACUUUGCGCCCGAGACGCCGACAGGACUCGAAUAUCUGUUCGGGACUGCUCUCGCCAUCGACGCUGCCAGCGCCUCAUCUGCGUUUGGACUCGUGCAGGGACGGCAUCAGCGCUGGACACAUCUGAUCAAGAAUGUUGUGAUAACGAGCUUGCUGAGUGCUUGCAUGGUCAUGCUCGUAGGAUCAUUUGCUUGGGCCGUUCAGCGUGCUAUCGCGGCCAUGUAAGUUGACGCUGGCUACUGCGACCCACAUGCUCCACUCUCAGCUCUGAUGAAUGGUUGCUCAAUCGGCUAGAUGAUCUUGUUGGCCAAUUUUGGCAAGUGGCUCAUCCACGCUUUGGUGUUGCUGACCACGUGACCAACACCAUCAGCUCGUGUUGCGCGUCAUGCUUGGCGGACGUAGUCAGCAGGACCAAAGCUGAAUUGGCCCUCCUU